GUUCCUAAUUUGAAGUUUUAAUUGAAAUUAAGAAUAAUCAUUUUCAAAAUCGGUUUCUUUCUUAAUUUAAAGAAUAAAAUAUCAAUUGAAAAAUAUGGAAAUGAAAGUGUUUAUUUUAUUUGCGGUGUGUGCUGUGAGUGUGUGCGGAAAAGUUACGCCGGACUAUUUUCCACAAUGCAAGAAGAGCGAUCCCCAAAUCGAGAAGUGCGUUCUGGACUCAGUAGAGAACCUGAGACCGAAGCUGAAGGGCGGAAUCCCUGAGUUGAACAUUCCUGCCUUAGAGCCGUUCACGGUGCCCACGCUGAAGCUGGACAGGACUGCUCCAAAUCUAAGGCUGAAGGCUGUUAUAAAGAACAUGAGGGCUGUCGGUGGCAGCAAGUUUAAGGUCGAGAAGUUGAAGAUAAACCUGAACAACAAGUACGCGGCAGAGGUGAAGAUAUCCCUGCCCAAGUUGCUGGUGUCGUGUGACUACGACGUGCGCGGCUCCCGGAUCCUGACCCUGGAUAUCAGCGGCAAGGGCAAGCUGAGGGGAAAUUUCACUGGUAUUACUGUAGUGGCGAAAGGCGUGGGCAAGCCGGUGGUGAGGGAGGGCGUGGAGUACCUUCAAGCAGAUAAGGUAGUCAUGAAGCUCAGGAUUGGACAUGGGCAGGUCGCCUUCGAUGAUUCCGAGCGACCGGUUGCUGCGGCGUCCGCAGCAGCAUUCUUCAACGCGAGCCCUAACGUGGUGCUCGACAUACUUAACCCGCUGAUCGAGGAGACGGGGGCUGCGGUGCUCAAGGCCUUCGUCAAUAAGGCCCUCAACGCCAUCCCGCUUAAAGACGUCCUUUUAGACUGAGAAGAAUCAAAUAUUAACAGCCUUACCCAAAAGCCCAAAAUUAAAUCAAAUUAUCAAAUAAUUUGAUUGAACUUUGCUUGGCUAUCAAAUACUUAUGUACACAUGUUCACCGCGUGUUCAUUUUAUAAUGAAAUUUAACUGAAAAUAGUAGAAAAUGUCUUAAAGAAGUUUUUUUUCUAGCUUUGUUUGGUACUUACAGAUUAAUUGUUAGUUUAUUGAGUGUUUGUGGCUAAUUUUGAUCUUCUAGGCUCAAUAAUAUCGACUGUUGUCCUGUACGUAACAGCGCUUAUGUCUUUUGAAAACUUCAAAAUAAUCGGUUAAAAUCAUUUUCUACUCUUUUUCCUUAGAGUGUACAUCUUUUAUCAUCUUCGAUGUCCUUACAUCUUCUAGAGAUAAGGAUUCCGUGUUUUAUUAUGCCUAUACUAUUA